AUGUUGAAUCAACUAUCCAUAAAUGUUCCUUCGAUAGAAGCUUUGGAGCAGAUGCCUGGGUAUGCGAAAUUCAUGAAAGACUUGGUGACCAAAAAAAGGGAUGUCAGUUUUGAGAAUGAAGAGAAGUUGCAACAUUGUAGUGAUAUUGCUACUAGGUCACUUGUGCAGAAAAAAGAGGAUCGUGGAGCUUUCACUAUUCCUUGUACCAUUGGGAUAUUACACUUUAAGAAAACUUUGUGUGACUUGGGUGCCAACAUUAAUUUGAUGCCAUUGUCGAUUUAUAAGAAGUUGGGUUUAGGAGCUCCAAAGCCGACUGUAAUGCGUUUACUUAUGGCUGACAAAACUGUAAAGAGGUCUAUGAAACAUGAAAGUGAUCUUAAGUUGGUAUCAAUGGUGAAUCAUAUUGUGGAGCAAGAAUCUGAAGUGUCCAUUAAAGAGAGGUUAGGUGUUGAUGCACUAGCAGUGGUGACGAUAAAUCUUGAUAGUGAUGGUAUUGAUGACUAUGAUGAGCUAGUUGUUGCACUUGAUAGGUUCGAGUUUCUUUUCAAGCCAAAACGGUUGGAAUUAGACAUGAAGAAUCGAGACACCCCACCUGUAAAACCAUCUGUUGAUGAGCCUCUAAAAUUGGAACUUAAGGUUCUUCCAUCCCACUUGUGGUACGUAUUCUUGGGACAAAAUAGCACUUUGCCCGUAAUCAUUGCUGCUGAGUUGAGUGAAAGGCAAAUAAAGGCCUUGGUAUCGGUGCUGAAGCGGUUUAAGAGGGAUAUAUAA